AUGAAAAAAUCUGUUAAGCCCUCGAAUAAGACUCAGGCCAAUUCCACAACACAAUUGAAGGCUCCUGUACCGCAAGGAUUUGAAUCAAAUACACUCUCUGCUCAUGUAGACACUGGUGCUGCCAGCCACAACUGUACUGUACUUCUUGCCACUGCAUUGGUAAAAAUUUCUACCUCGAAUGGUCAUAAUAUUAUUGUCCGAGCUGUGCUUGAUAGUGCAUCACAAACGAGUAUAAUAUCUGAACACUGUGCCAGUAUGAUUCACAUUCAGCGUUCGUCUGUUGGCGUUCACGAGAUAAAGGGCAUUGCCUCAGCUCGAAUAAAGCCUAAGGGACUUUCCUUUGUAAAUAUUUCUUCGCUUAACGGGAAAACACUUGCUACGGCACAUCCUGUCCUCAUACUUGAUAGAAUUACCAAUGAUAUGCCUAGUGUCAAGAUAUCUUCUGAAAUAAAGGCUCAAAUCAAAGAAUACGCACUUGCCGAUCCCAACUUCGACACUCCUGGACAUUUGCUCAUCGGUGCGGAUCUGUUUGCUCAAACUAUUAUUGGAUCUGCCACCAGUCUUGGUGAUCGUAUGCCAUACACUAUAAACACUAUUUUUGGAUAUGUUGUCCUUGGGAACGUGCCUACUUCACAAGACGGCCAAACCUUCAGUGGAUUGACGACUUUACUUUCCAUCAAUGAUCUUACACUUCAUGAAACACUUCAGCGAUUUUGGGCAUUGGAAGAACCACCUGCUUGUUCUAAGCUAUCCCCAGAGGAAAUGGAAUGUGAAGAUCAUUUUUUGAAAACUCACUCUCGUGACGAGACGGGAAGAUAUGUUUGUUGUUUACCGUUCAAAGAAAAUCCAGUAAAACUAGGAAAUUCUUCUACAGUUGCUUUACAAACUUUCAAAUCGCUUGAACACGAUGCGCUACUAGGCAGCGAUACUGUUGAAGAAGCUGCAAAAUUACAGCAAGAUGUAAUAAACCUUUUACGAAAAGGAGGCUUUGAACUUCGCAAAUGGGCGUCUAACAAUAGCCAAAUAUUGAAAAAUUUACCCCCUCAACACUGCUUAUCAACUGACUCACCUUGUGUUAGUAUUCUUGGACUGAAGUGGAAUCCACACUCAGACACAUUCUCAUAUGCAAUUUCUGAAGCUCCAUUGAUUUUUACCAAAAGAGCAAUUUUGUCUUCCAUCGCUAAGAUUUAUGAUGUAACAGGCAUGCUUACCCCUGUUAUUUUUUGGGCUAAGGCUCUCAUGCAGCAUAUAUGGUCACUAGGCCUAGAUUGGGAUAAUACUCUUCCUAGUGAUAUUAUCGACAGAUGGUCAACUUUUGUCAACGAACUUCCUGAGAUUGAAAAUUUGGAGAUUGGCAGGUACAUAUCUCUGAGUGAUGCGGUUAAUAUUCAGUUGCAUGGAUUUUCAGAUGCAAGUGAACUCGGUUUUGCUGGAUGUGUUUAUCUACGAACUGAGAACCCGCAAGGCAGUAUAUAUGUCAACUUAUUAAUAGCCAAGUCACGUGUGGCACCCCUGAAACGUAUCACGAUUCCUCGCCUUGAACUGUGCGGAGCACAUAUUUUAGCCAAACUGUUACACUACUGUGUUGAUCAACUCUCAGAUCGCUACAAGAUAGAUUCUGUUACCGCUUGGAGUGACUCCACUGUGGCUCUUUCAUGGAUUCACACCCCUUCUCAUCGUUUGAAGUUAUAUGUUGCAAAUCGUGUUGCACAGAUUCAAGAAUUGACCCCUUCCUGCAUAUGGAAACACAUUUCUACUCUUGAAAACCCCGCUGAUGUUGCCUCUAGAGGAUUAACCCCAUCUCUUCUUAUUCAUAACAAGCUCUGGUGGUCUGGACCCACAUGGCUUAAGAGUUCAUCUGAUUCAUGGCCUCAACCAUCGAGUCAUCUUCCCGAAGAGGAACUCCCAGAAAUUAAAACCACAACACUAAAUCUUCUUACGAUAGCUGAAGAUCAAGAUCUGAAGUUUAUCAAUAAAUUCUCUUCAUGGACUAAACUACUUCAUGUCAUGGGCUACGUUUUACGUUUUAUUUCCUGCUUGAAAACUAAGCAAAGGAUUACUCAUUCUCUCACACUUGAAGAGUUAGAAGUAUCGAACAAACGGAUUUGUUGGCUUGUUCAAAGAGAGAGUUUCUCUGAGGAUAUUAAUUCCCUGUCAAAGAAGAAUGUGUGUUCUUCUCGCAUUCAACGCCUUUCACCGUUUAUGGAUGAUGAAGGUUUGUUAAGAGUUGGAGGACGACUGAAACAUUCUGAGUUGCCGUACAGCGCCAAGCAUCAAAUUAUCUUACCAAAGGAUCAUUUUGUUGUAAAUUUGAUAAUUGAUUAUCAUCAUCGCAUCUUUCUUCACUGUGGACCAACACAACUCCAAGCUGUUCUUCGUGAGAAAUAUUGGAUACUUUCUGCUCGUAGUAUCAUACGCUCCAGGAUUUUUAAACGCCUGAGAUGUUUCAGAAUGAAACCUAAGCCAAACACACCAUUGAUGGGAGACUUACCUUCCCCAAGAGUGGUAGCAACCCGACCUUUUAAUGUUACUGGAGUCGACUAUGCCGGACCAUUUACAGUGAAAUUGUAUGUCCUAAAAAGGCUUCAGCCUAUUAAAGUUUAUCUUUGUCUAUUUGUCUGCUUUGCAACGAAAGCCGUACACUUAGAAGUUGUGUCGGAUUUGUCCUCAGAAGCUUAUAUAGCAGCUCUUACACGUUUUAUUUCCAGACGUGGUUCAGUGAAGGAAAUUCAUAGUGAUUGUGGAACCAACUUUGUCGGAGCAGCUGCUGCACUUCACAAAUGUUUUAACAACCUCCUUUGCAAUCCAGUAACUCACCGUUUUGCUGAAGAAAACAACAUUUCUUUCAAAUUUCUGCCUCCACACGCGCCUCAUCAAGGUGGCUUGUGGGAACGAGCUGUUAGGAGUGCUAAGCAUCACCUUCAUAGAGUAAUCGGUGGCCAAAUCCUGACUUAUGAAGAAUUCAUAACUCUCGUGUCACGUGUCGAAGCAAUAUUAAAUUCAAGACCGCUUACCCCUCUCUCUGGAGAUCCGAAUGACUUAGAGUCUCUAACCCCAGGACACUUUUUAACUGGUGGACCUCUGAAAUCCAUGGUUGAACCUCAAUAUGAUGAAACUUCUUGUAACCGCUUGAGGAGAUGGCAAUUAGUUCAGGCAUUCUCUCAACACAUCUGGACUCGAUGGUCCCAAGAGUAUCUGCAUACUCUACAGCAUCACUCUAAGUGGACGAGUAAAACAGAGAACCUCAAGAUUGGUGACCUUGUUGUUAUUCAUGAGCCUAACACUCCUCCCCUACAAUGGAAACUUGCAAGAAUCACCGCAGUAUCUCCAGGAGCAGACGGAAUUGUACGAGUGGUCCAUCUACGCACCGCUACAGGGAACUUCAGUCGGCCAACCGUCAAAGUUUCCCUUCUUCCUACCAAUUAA